AUGGGUGGCCGAAACCGCGCCAAUCUCUCUUGUUUGCUCGUCCCGGACAGCGGGAUCGUCAACGGGACGUUUGGCAGUUUCCGCUGGCGUACUGUACAGUCAGUUCAAAAGCGUCGAGAUUUGGUAGUGUGGGAAAAAUGGCUUCAGGUGGAGGAGACUCUAGUGAAAAUAAUCAGGAUAUUCCGCCUAACGAGGACGAAAGAACUGUAUUCCAAGAUACUGAAGGGAUUUUCAGACAUUUUAUGUUCCAACGCUAUCAGGAUGAGACACAAAGAGGAGAAGAACAUGGUGAAAUGGACAGUCCUUCGGCCAGCGCACGUCCAGACGCGCUGGAAGAAUUGCGUUCUUGCAAUGACAUCCAUCCAUUUUCACAGCAUGUACCAGUUAUCGGUAGACGCCUCGGAGAGAUAGGCGAUGAAAUAGAUGCUAAAUACAAAGAUCAAUUCAAGGAUAUGAUAGACUCAUUAAGCCUAACGCCAGCAACGGCCUACGAGACAUUUGCCGCAGUCGCUCGGAGGUUGUUUCGUACAGGUAUAAACUGGGGAAGAGUGGUUGCUCUUCUUUGCUUUGGCUACGAAAUUGCCGUGACUGUCAUACGCAGAGGUUUUAGUGGUAGUUUUCUACGUAGAAUCAUACGAUUUGUGGUGGAUUUUAUCUUCAAAGAGCGGAUCGCUCGCUGGAUUGCUCAGCAUGGAGGAUGGAGAGCUGUGAUGGAUUUUCGCCUGUCAGAACCCAGCUGGUACACAGUUGGUAUUGUGCUUUUGUUAGGAACCAUGGCUGUUUUCUUGGCCACUCGGAAAACAUGAUGUAAUUUCUUAAUAAUAAUGAUAUUAUUUUUAUUUCUAAAAUUAUGCCAAAUAAUUUGUGUCUCUUAAUUUUCACUUAAAAAUCAAUGGUUUAACAUCUGGAAUAGUCUGGUUAUAAGGGAGUCAAGAUUUUCAAACAGUUUUCUAUUUAUGUGAUUUUCAUAUAAAGAAAGGUGGACUUAGAAGUUUCACAAACCUUUGUGGAUGAUUCAGCUGUGAAGAUGGAAGCAAUAAGAAGCAUCCUUCACAGCUGUACAUGUCCUUAGCCACAUUUACUUGUAUUUUAGCAUCCUUAGGGACAUCAAAGUGCAAUUUCAAAAGGAGAGGAUGAAAAUGUAAUUGCCUGCUAAACUUCCUGCUACUAAGAAUAUUGUUUCUUUAUUGAAUGACUUUUUUUCAGUCAGUCUGAAAUCUCAGAAAGUUGUCAACAGAGCAGUGACAAAGCAAUCCAAUCUUGUCAUUGUAGCUGAGACAUGUGUUUCAGUUCCUUUUUACUCAUUGCUUUACUUGCUCCAGAACCUGGAGAUCGAUACUGAUGACAUGGGUGGUGAUUGGUUUUGGGGGCUUAAUAGACUGUUGAAAUGUCAUCCGUUAGCUCAUAAGAUGUGGGAUGAUGAGAAAUCUUUGACUGAAGUUUUUGUAAGUUGCUUCAAGUUGUAAUGUUAUUUGGUUCAUGAAAUACGACUUUUUGGAAAGAUGUUCUGUGAAACUGUUAUCAAUGUUCUUCAAUGUCCUUUGUAUCGAUAAUAAUACUAACUGUGGAGAUAAUAAUUGUGAGAAAAAACUUUGAUCACAGGGAUAGAAAA